UAGUUGCUUCCAUAUGCAAAAUUCGGGAAAUAAUUCGAAAAUUGAACACUUGAAUGAAGUUGAUAUCACUUGAUUAUCACUUUCACUUUUUUCGCGCGAAGAAGAAUGACCUACUGUAUUAUGAUCACUUCGUCAAGUGCACAAAGCUGAUUAUUACUCCAAUUUGAGUUUUUCGAUCGCUUUUUCAGUGUGAAUACUAUUUCUCCCUAUAGCAGAAACGAGUUUGUACUUUCAAGGACAUAAGACUUGAUCUUAUUGGUGCAACAAAGAAAGCUUUAAAAGAAGUCUUCCUGUUAAACAGUAUUCAUCAAAAUGACAAUAUUAAAAUAUAUGAAAGAACAGCUAGAAUCGGGAGAUCCAACUAUACGAUCAUGGGUUCUAGUAGACAGCUAUUACAUGCCAUUUCUUUUAAGUGCCAUAUAUGUACUUUUCAUUAAAAAAAUUGGUCCUGCUUUCAUGGAAAACAGGAAACCAUUCAUGUUACGUAAUGUUAUGAUUGUGUACAAUUUUUGUAUAGUUAUUGCUUAUGCAGCUUGCAUAUUGCUGCUAGCUUACUUUUUCCUGACAACAGAUGCUUAUUCAAAAAUAUGUGCUCCUACUGUAGUUGAAAUUAAUGACUACACCUACUGGGCAACGGGAGCUGGUUGGUGCAUUUAUAUUCUAAAAUAUAUAGAAUUUGCUGAUACGGUAUUUUUUGUACUAAGAAAGAAAAACUAUUUGAUUACAAACUUGCACGUUAUUCAUCAUUCAUCUUUGCCAAUUUUGUGCUGGAUAUUUCUGAGAACUGAAACAAGUGGAUUUCAAUUUAUUCCGGCUGUUAUCAAUGCUUUUGUGCACAUUAUAAUGUAUACGUAUUAUGGACUUGCAGCAAUGGGGCCAAAAUAUCAAAAAUAUCUUUGGUGGAAACAGUAUUUGACUAAAAUUCAAAUGUUGCAAUUCAUCGUGGUCUUAAUUUUUGUAUUGGUUAUUAUUCCUCUUACUGGCUGCAAAACAUCUCAACAUGCAAUAUACAUCGAUAUAUUUUUCGCCAUCCUCUUCCUCGGCCUCUUCUACAAUUUCUACACAAAAACCUACAGAAAACCUCUGCACACCAACGGCAAAGUUGAAAUGAACGGAAAUAUUAUUCACGCAAAGGAAAACGGUGGAUCAAAGAAUGCAAUCAACAGAAAUAAAGUCAACGAAGAUGAAAUCAGCCAAAGUAAAUGUGAUCGAAGAAAAGUAGUGGAAAGCUCGAGUUCCUGAAAAAUGAAAUGAAUGUUGUUUUGCGUCAUUAUGAAAAAAUUUAGCGACAAACGAUAGGGACCUUUUCAUUUCGACCAAAUAUAAUGAACUCUAUGAUUGAUUUCAUUCUGAUGUGAUUGUAUGUGACUUUUUAAUAGGAAUAU